GAGAAGGAUCGCAGCGCAACAGAGCUAAAGAAAAUCUGUUCACCAGUUUGUGAUACAGCGCAGGAAAAAGGAAUCACUCAUUUCAUAAUGCAACGUAUUCAUAUAUAUGUAUAUAUGAGGAGAAAAAACUAAUUUCACCUUAUCAACAACAACUGAUCAGGCUACAAAGGGACCAGUCACAACGCGAAAUGUAUUAUAAGAAAGGGGGACAAAAGAAACAGCCCUCUACGUAGGUUAAAAAAAAAAACAAAAACUUCCAUCUGUCAUGAUAAAACGCAAUUCGCUCCUACGGUGUUUACCCCCGUCGUCAUCUGCCUGAUGCGUCCGCCCAGCUACCAGCUCGACGGAGCCCGAUCCCACCCCUGUUUAAAUGACCUGCAGCUGAAACCAGAGCCCCUCGAGGUGUCGUCGGAAUGCCUUUUCUCCCCAGCUGCCGAGGAAUCAGGCUGUGGGGUGUCCGGUACUUAUUUUACACAUCGAACGCACGAGGCACGGACUGACCCUCUUGCCUCUGAACGCCGAUGCAGAUGCGACCCAGCGCACACACUUUCACAACCAAACCCCCCCAGCACAACACCGCUUUCCGUCAACACAACGCCACGAUCGCCUGGCGCCCAAAAACCUGUCAGGUGGAGUGUCUCUCCCUGCCUUGGAGAAUGGACCCGGUGGUUCUGAGCUACCAGGAUAGCCUGCUGAGACGCUCAGACGUGGCCCUGCUGGAGGGGCCCCACUGGCUGAACGACCAGGUGAUCGGCUUCGCCUUCGAGUACUUUGGCACCGAGCGCUUCCGGGACCUGCGGGGGGCGGCCUGCUUCAUCAGCCCCGAGGUCACGCAGUUCAUCAAGUGCGCCUCCAGCCAGCAGGAGCUGGCGCUGUUCCUAGAGCCCCUCGGGCUGCCGCGGCGCCGCUGGGUCUUCCUCGCGGUCAACGACAACUCCAGCCAGGCGGCCGGCGGCACCCACUGGAGCCUGCUGCUGUACCGCCGCGACCGCGGCCGCUUCGCCCACUACGACUCCCACAGCGGCGGCAACGCCCUGCACGCCCGCCGCAUCGCCGCCAAGCUGGAGGCCUUCCUGGGGUCGGCGGGGGGGGUGCCCUUCGCGGAGGAGCCGGCCCCCGCGCAGCAGAACAGCUACGACUGCGGCAUGUACGUCAUCUGCAUGGCCGAGGCCCUGUGCGAGGGCGCGGGCCCCGGGGGGCCCCCCGCCCCCCUCGCCCAGCUCGUCACCCCCGCCCACAUCACGCAGAAGCGGGCCGAGUGGCGGAGACUGAUCGAGAGGCUGGCCAAGGAGUGACCGGUCCCCCGCCCUCGCCUCUCCGGACCGCCAGCAUGAGCCUCAAGGCUGCUCACAGGCAGGUCGGGGAGGACUGAGCGGACCGCUGUUCCUGCUGGGCUUGGACACAAAGGCAGAGAGAGAGAGGACCGUUAGCGGGGGCCCCUGCUGGACUCAGAGGGUUUGCUAGAGUCUCUUACACUUGAGGUGCCAUGCGGACCCUUAAUCGUUGCCCCGCUAUGAGGGGCAGGGUGUUGAGGAGCACACGAAGAAGUGUGUUUUCAGCUCCGGGGCUUUCACAGGGUUCCUCAAGGCCUCGUUUUGUGCCAAAGCAAACUGAGAACAUUUAGGAGAGAAAGUGUGCCUCUCGUAUUCCUGAAUGAAACUAUAAUUGAAUUAUGAUGCAUUGUUUUUGCGCAGUUGAAUAAUGUCUUGGCUUAGCUAGCUCUUCUUUGCUAUGUUUGUGGCACAGCCUUUCCUUUAGGAUCUGGGGCCUGGGUUUUCCAGGGAGAGUGUGAAGCGUGGAAGAGGCAGGGAAUCGCAGCGCAUCACACUGUUGUGUCCGCAUGGGUCUAGAUCUCUGCAUUUCCUGUACCUUCAUCUGUAUCAUAUUUCGACCACUGAGAUGCUAUUGCAAAGAUUAAACCACUCAGCUUUACUUUUGGUCAUAAAAAAAAAAACACUGCAGUCCACUGCAGAGAACAGAAGAUAGAAGUGGUGAGGCAAAACUUCUUAAAGACUGUGAACAGCACUAUCCUGUGCUCAGUCCGUUUACUAGUAGACUGUUGUUUUUCACAUUUAUUUGAACAUUUUCACUUCAUUGUAUGUUUACAAGGAUUAUUACUCAGGGUCACAACUAAGCAUUAAACUGACACAGAAUGUUUUUUCUAUUGAGUAUAUAAGAUGGCCACAACAGGCUUAAUGUGCACAAUCUUUGUAAGCAUACACAUGUGGAGCCACAGCUGCAUUUGCAGUUUCUUUUGACUCUUUUAAAGAAGUAUUUGUGGAAAAAUGCAUGACUGUGUAGGAGCACUCCCUCUCUGGAGUUAAGUGAGGCACUCAUGCGUAUCUGUGCAGAGAGCAGGAAAUCCUACGUAAAAACACAUUUGUUCUUGAGGAAGUGAGAUUGAGUUAGCAGGAGAAAAAUCGUGAUUCCUAAUGAGCAAAGGGUGUAAUCACACAUUAUAAACAAACACUGGAGGGUGGAAAUAUGGCCAAAAAAAAAAGCCACGUUUGUGAGACAAUCGAGAAACACACCCAUCUAAAUAAGGCCCUUUAAAAUUUAGAGGAAAGAACCUUUAAAAAGCCUAGUGUAAAACUAGCAGCUCGUAAUAGUACAUUUUCCAGAACAGCACAAUUCAUGCACAACCUUUUGGGAAGCCUUUCAGAUGCUACUUUUGUCCAAGAUUUCUACUACAAGUAGAAAAUUGUGAUUAUAGAUUAAACAGCAACUGAGACCAUAACACUAGGAUAUGAAGAAGGAACACACUGGUGAUUAAGAACUUUUCUGAGGCACAUCCACCUACAAAUAUCAUUUGCCAUUUCACCUCUGUGUUUAUUCCAUUGACAAGCAUAUGUUGCCCUGGUGUAGGCGGUUCAGCAGUCAGUCUGCUGGGUUCUAGAAAUCUGUGGCUCCAGUCCUGGGUUUGUCCUCCUCUGUUCGAGGAAUCCUGGUAAGAAUAGUCUUGGAAUCAAGGCAGAGCUGGCUUGAGCUGUGUUGGUUGAUAUUGCUGCUCAUAUUUGUGGAUCAUCUAAAACUUGAUGAAAAACAUUUAGAAUAAUAUUCACCCAUUGGUCAAUGGAAUUUGUCAAGAAUAUUUGCAGAAGAAAAAAAAAGUAUUAUGGCUUUUGAAUGCAAAAUCUUUAGGUUUUAUAGUUCGGCGUGUGCAAGCUCUACAUGACUGAUAUAUUCUGUGUUAUUAACAUCACCAGAAGAGAGGGAAAUCCGUUAUGGAGCCUUCUCUUGGACUAAGCCAGAACUAUUUAGCUCAGUCCUGCCUUUCCUAGGUCUGUGCCAAUCUGAUAACUUAAAGUUUAACCAGAUAACCUAGACAAAGAUAAACACGUGAAAAGAUAAAUUAACAAAGUUUUCCAACUGUUGUAGAUGCUCCAGCUGUUUAUUUCUAAGAACACUAUACUGACGGGCACUCAGAAUAUUUCUUGAAGCUCAUUUCAGUCCGGGCUGCCAGACUAUUUCCUCUAUGAACACAGAGCAGGCAGUGCUAGCUGGCGCACUCUGUGGGGUUAAUUCCAUCUCUUUUCAGCUGUCUCUCAGAUGAAGGCGUAUCCAUUCGGCCGAUAAAUCACUUUAUUUCCCACCCGGCAAACAACAAACAGGCGAGGGAAAACCAGGUGCAUCCAACUCUGUGACCUGGAUGUUAACAAGGAAGUCUGAGGCAGUGCUUCAUGGUUUCUCCACACUGUAGCAGGAGACCACAGUCGUGCAGGAAACUAAGCUCUGUGUUGCAGUUUGGUGGAAACUCUAGCUGGAGAAUAAACUAAAGGCACCCCACUUCUCAUUAUUGUACCUAGCCUCCAGUGGUGACAUCAGAUGAGUUUGUGAAAUGAAGAUAUUUCUUGAGUUCUUUAAUGUCCAUGAUUUGCCAUUAACUAGGUUGAUGUCUAAGAGUAAAUUCAUUAAAGGUGAAAGUAACCUGAAGUGCAGGAGGCUAUUUAUUAAUUUGACAGAGAGAGCUUUGACUUCAUGAGGAGUUUCUGAGGAAGAAUGCUUUGCUUUUUAGAUAUGUUCUUACAGGGAAAAGGAACUUAACAAAUGCCUUUAAUAUUAAAGUAUAUUGAUUGCUAAAAUGUAGAGUGUAAACCUCUACACUGUAUUUUCUCAGUGUGUAAUAAAUUGCUUUCAGGCUUGUUGCAAAUGAA